CGACAUGGAACGGAGCAGUUAUAUUCGUCUGCUCAUUCGAACUAAAUGCGUCAUUCGACUAAAUAAAGUUGUAAUUAUUCAUUUAUUGUGUUUCGAAAUUCGAAUUAACCUUUAAUGGCUGCUUCCAGGAAAUCAAAUACACCUAAACGUGAAAGAGCAGAUUAUCAUUUAGAUGAGGAUUUUUCCAUCAUGUACCAAUUAUACAGUCCUUCCGAAUCCGAAUUAGGUAUUUACAACUACGCAGCUGUUAGUACAGAUGCAGCACCAUGCGCUCAAGUAGGAAAUUAUAUAUUCAUGAAAAUUAGAGAUAUAUUGAUGAGAAAUGGAAGCGCCGUAGAAGCAGCUAUUGCAACUUUAAUAUGUAUGGGUGUUGUAAAUUGUCAUAGUAUGGGAUUAGGAGGAGGAUUUUUCAUGACUAUUUACGAUAAGAAAAAUAAAAAGGUAAGAAUAUUAGAUGCUAGAGAAACAGCUCCUGCAGGUGCUAAAGAAGACAUGUUUAAAAAUAAUUCAAAAAAUGCAAAAGUAGGUGGCUUAGCAGUUGCUAUACCAGGAGAAUUAUUAGGAUAUCAAAUUGCUUACAAUGAAUACUGCAAAAGUUUUUCGUGGAGAAAUCUGUUCCUUCCAUCUAUCGAACUAUGCAGAAAAGGAUUUCCUGUGACGCCACAUAUGGCAAUGGCUUUAAGAUUAAAUCGAGAUAUCAUACUGAAGGAGCAAUGCUUAAGAGAUGUUUUCGUGAAUAGACGAACUGGCGAUAUUUAUAGAGAAGGUGAGAUAAUGACUAGACUGGAUUUAGCUAUUACGUUAGAAGAGGUAUCGAAAAGAGGAGCAGGCGCUUUGUACGGAGAGGGAAAUAUGCGUAAAAGAUUUGUGGAAGAUAUCAGAACUUUCGGAGGAAUUAUUACAGAAGAAGAUUUACAGAACUAUUCUACAGUGUGGAGAGAGCCUACAAGAACUACAUUAAGAAACAAUUACACAGUAUAUAGUGUACCACCGCCGGGAAGUGGAAGUGUACUAUCAUAUAUACUUAAUGUCCUAGACGGUUUUAAUUUAAAUAGCGAUUCCAACUGGAGAACGUUAGACGAUAUUUCUUUAACAUUCCAUCGCGUGACAGAAAUCUUUAAAUAUGCUUACGCACAAAAAAUGAAUCUUGAGGACAGUGAGGAUCCUUCAGUGUUGCAGACAGUACAAAAGUUAUUGAGUAAAGGUUUCGCUGAUGAAACAAGAGCAAGAAUCAAAAAUAAUAAAAUUAGUCAUAAUCCUGAAUACUAUGGACUCAGAUUUCGUAAGAGCGAAGAUGGAGGAACGGCACAUCUUUCGGUCAUAGCGCCGAACGGAGAUGCCGUAUCUGUAACUAGUACUGUUAAUUUAUAUUUGGGCUGCAAACGCGUAUCCCCUUCUACUGGCAUUUUACUGAACAAUCAGAUGUAUGACUUUUCUUAUUCACGUUCGUACGAAAUAAACGAGAGGAAUCGAAUUAAACCAGGGAGAAGACCAAUGUCUUCUAUGAGUCCAACAAUUAUUUUAGAUGAUAAAGGAGAAGUGUGGUUAGUUAUAGGAGGAAAUGGCGGAUCUCUUAUCAUUACCGGAAUAGCUUUAGUAACGAUGCAGUUGCUCUGGCUACAGAAGAAUGUCAAAGAAGCCAUCGAUAUGCCUAAAAUUCAUCAUCAGUUAUUCCCUGAUAGUAUUUGUUACGAAAGUAGAUUUCCUAAAGCUAUCCUGAAAAGAUUGAAAAUGUUAGGCCAUAAAGCCAAUGAAAGAUAUCACACAUUAUCAAUCAUUAUGGCUAUCCAUCGACAUAAAAAUGGAAAACUUUACGCUAAUGCCGAUUACAGAAAAAAUGGCAAAACUGACGGGUUUUAAAUGUAUUUAUAAAAUGUAAUUUAUUCUCAAUGAGAAAAUUAUGCAAAAAAUAAGUUAGUUAU